AUGCCUUUCCUUACAGCUUUGGUCAUGGCUUUGUUGGCUUUGACGGUGACCGCGGAGCCAGUUCAGUACUGCCGCAAGGGAUCCAGAGAACGUCCUGGAACAGAAGCGGAUUUCUGCGUUGGAGCUCUGACGUUUCGCAACGACACUACCAGCUCCCAUGAUCUGUUCUUGACGAUGACCGUCCGUCGGUAUGAAGAAUCUGCAAAGGGCUGGUAUGUUGUGGAGUUGAACACCCUAACUUGCGAGCCGACCGAAUGACUUGACGUGCAGGACAGCUGUUGGACCGGGUUCGAUGAUGAAAGAUUCUCUCAUGUUCAUUGUUUACGGAGAUCCCCGGGGUAACGAAAAGCCCAUUGUCAGCAUACGCACAACGACUGGACACUCCCAACCAACACUUCUUCAGAAGUCUGAUCUGCCGCGCGGAAUGGACUUGAGAGUGGUCAGCUCAGCCUGGAUGGCGGGCGCAGACUUGUCUCAGAGCAAAAGCAAUACGAAUUCAGCGUACCACUUGGCUCGGGUAUCCAUUAUCUGCUACUCAUGCCAUCUUUGGCCUGGCACAGAUAUCUCCGCAGAAUCAACCUCUCAGCCUUGGAUCUGGGCGUGGAAUCAAGAUCAGGAUUUCGAGGUGUACGCGUUCGAUGCUCAUCUUCAGAUGCACAAGCAUCAUGCGGACAAAGGUGGCUGGGGCCGGUUCUUCUUCGAUAUGAAGCGGUCGAUCAACACAGCUCCCGUGGCUCCAUCAUUGCCUCCUGUGCGGCCGCAUGUGGAUCAAUUAGGAUCUUCAGUCUUCCCUACCGGCGGCUCAAUCGCACAAAUCGCCUCUGGUCCAGGAUCUUUCAUCCACGGCCUGAGUAUGGCACUAGCUUUCAUGCUUCUGCUUCCUGCCGGUGUGAUUGGUCUCCGCAGCGGAUCUUCACAAGGCUUUAUAAUUCACUGGACUAUUCAGCUGACGGCAUCCUUCCUGAUCCUCGUGGGUUUCAGCCUCGGUCUCAUGAAACACCGCAGAGUAGACACAGUCCACCAGUGCGUAGGUAUUGGUCUGGCGGCUCUUGUUGGAGCCCAGGGGCUUCUUGGAUACUGGCAUCAUGCGAGGUUUGUUCGCUUGAAGCGGCGCACGUGGGUUUCGCAUCUUCAUGUCUGGCUCGGCCGAGUCUUCAUGCUGACCGGCUGGGUCAAUCUCGUCACCGGCCUUCGCCUGCGCGGGUUGAAAUCUGACAGUGGACUCGUUAUCUCCACCAUCAUCAUCGGCUGUCUCGAAGGUAUCUGUCUCUUUGUGGCGGUCCGCUGGUUGCAAGUAAGGAGGGCUCAGACAGCAUAUCAGCCAGUUUGGGUGCGGGAGGGCGAUAAGGACUCGUUUGCUCUCGCUGGUGAUAUGGACGACGAGGAAAGUGAAUGCGCGGAUGCUGACGAUCGAGGAGGAGGAGGAGGAGGAGUUGAAGACUACCAAAGGGCUCUUCUCUCGACGCCGACGGAAAAGUAG